GGUGCGUCACGGCACGGCCGAAAGCCCCGUUUCCGUUUGCUGGGUCUCGGUGGCUUCGGUUUGAGCUCAUCGUGUUCAUGCUGUGCUUGCUGCAGCCCAUCGCUAUUCGCUUUUCUUCGCAGGCUCGGAGAUCAAUAGCUUCUCAAGCUUCUUGGGAAUUUUCAAAAGCAGAUCCAUUAUAGUUCGUGACGGGGAGAGAAGCGCAACUUUCGAAGUUUGGGGUGAGGUUUGGAUGGGAGAUUUUGGUUUUUGGUUGAGUGUUGGGUGUGUUUGGGAGUAGGUGAUGGGGUGGAGUGUAGGGAAUUAGGGGUUGAUGGGUUGGCGUUGAUUGCUAAGGAGCUGGGGUGUGACUGUGUGAGCAAGAUGAUGGUGGAUUGUAGGCUGAUCGAGCGGUGACGUUAUGGAGGGUUGAUUGAUCGAGAAGGAAGGAAGGGGAUUAGAGGAAAAAAGAUGAGGGCUUGAUGGUAGUCUGUUGGGGAAGUGAAGGGGAAGGAAAGGGUGUGGAGGAGGAGGUGGAGGAGCAGGAGCAGCAGCAUCGUGGGAAGGGCAUGAUGAUUGAGGAUGACAAUGGCAUUCUUCACGAGGAGAAGUUUGCUUGUGAAUUUCGCCGCUGCAUGCCUGUAUGUUGGGAUGGGGAGGCUGUCCGGCACUUUGUCGUUGGUGGCUGGCUCGGCUUCGUCCCCCAUCUGGGCUCCGUCGGGUCUCAUGGUAGCGCUUGUGUUGAUAUUUGGUUAUCACGUAUGGAUUGGUGGAUUUUGGGGCAAUGUAGCUAUCAAUUUCUGGUACUUGCAUGCCCACAAGGCUAAGAAUUACCUACCUUUUAUCUUUGUCGGAGCUGCUUUUUCAAGCCUUGAAUCUGUGUUGUGUGGCUGGUUGCUCAAUCAUCCAUUGAAAUGGAAGAACGGCCGUGUCAUCUUGCCUCCCCAGGAGGUAAAAAAGGGAGCACUAACAGUGGAUACUUUGCACGAUGCGAUGUGGCUAUUCAUGGUGGUACCACUUGUGAGCUUCAUUUGUGGAUCCUGCAAUGCAGUUUCUCUUUUCGUCUUCAACCUUGUGGGAUGGGACAAGUUGUUGAUAGUUUGGUCAACCUGGGUACUUGGGGACCUAUCGGCUAUUCUCUGUGUAGCUCCAUGUAUUCUUCACUUGUGGAAUGCUUUGCAUCCCGACAUGUUGCCAAUUUGGGGUCAGCAGAGGGAGGUCAGCCCUUAUGUUGAGUUGAAUCGGAGGGAUGAAGAGUCUCAACCUUAUGUUGAAUUUGAAGACGGGAUCCUCUCGUCAAGGGAGGUGGAAAGUAAAGUGGUACAGCGCAGUGUGCACAGUGGGAUACCUUUAUUGCCGUGGAACGGCUCUGAGAAACUUCAAGAUAGUCUUGUCAAGGGCAGGAGAGCGGAAACAGUGACUUACGAGCUCCUCUCUGAUUCUAAUACUCUGGGCAGAGACGGUGCUAAUGAUUUGGAAACUUUAACAUAUAGAAAUAGGUCGUUGGCAAGGAAGAGAAAUAUUCUUCUGAAGGAGAGAAUAGAAACCUGGAAAUGCUGUUGGAAUAACUGGGUCCUGGAGAGAAGGCGAAAGUUCUAUUCAGGUGGAGAUAGUUCAAGCUCCCUUAUUAGGUUGGAAGAAGGAAGUGGCUCCAACUUGGAGGAAGCGCUUAUAUAUGAGAGAAGAAGUUUGGCCAGGUUUCAGCAAUCUUCAGACCUUACACCUCGCCGUUUCCGAAAGGCUCGUCAAGUGUGUUCUCUGCAAAGAUUUGUCUUGAAACUCUCAGAGUGCAUAGUUCUCUUCGUGGUUCUCAUUGUGCUCUCGUUGGUCAUAUUUUUUAACAUGGGAAUUCAUGACACCGACGCCGUUCAAAGACUCUCUUACUUGGUGUUUCCAGUCGUCAUCUGGGCUUCCUUCCGAUUUAAUCGAAUUGGGGUUCCUCUUGCAGUCCUCGUCGUUGCUAUCAUCGCUAGCGCAGGCACAGCUGACCAUAAAGGGCCAUUGUACAGUCCGAAUGACAAUCACUCCCUUUUACAGGUGCAAAUGUUUGUGUGCGUUCUAGCGGUGGUGGCUAUUACUUUGGCUGCAAUUUUACACGAUCGGAAGGGUAUGGAACUUGAGCUGAACGAAAUGAACAGUACUCUUGAAGAUCAGGUGCGUGCACGAACUCUAGAAUUGGAACGGACCAACAGAUCUUUACAAGUGUCACAAGCUGCUGCCGAGGAGGCUAGUCGGGCUAAGUCUGAGUUUCUCGCGAAUAUGAGUCAUGAAAUCAGGACUCCUAUACAUGGAAUAAUUGGAAUGGCCUCACUUGCUCUUGAGACGGAUUUGACUGAUGAGCAGCGCGAGCAUUUAGAGACAGUGUCACAGUCAGCUGAUUGUCUGCUUCACAUUGUCAACGCAAUUCUGGACUUGGCAAAGAUUGAAGCUGGUCGUGUAGAGCUUGAACGUAUUGAAUUUAGCGUCUUUGACACUGUGUCGUCUACAAUCAAAAUGCUCCAGGUCAGAGCAAAUCAAAAACAGUUGCAGCUUUCAUGGGAAAUAGAUGAGAAUGUCCCAGAACAUUUGGUGGGCGAUGCGGCCAGAUUACAGCAAUGUCUUAUCAAUUUAGUUGGUAAUGCGAUUAAGUUCACUCAUGAAGGAUCCGUCUCACUUACAGCGAAGGUUUAUACUGGGACUGGCCCUCUUGAGAGAACUUCAAGUGCUACUCUGAAAAAGAAAAGCAGUUCCAGAGAGCCAACCGCAGCGGAAGAACCCCAAACGAACGACAGUCAUCAUGUUAUCGAUAUCAGUGAGAUAUUUGCUACCGAUGGUGAAAUCAGUCGAUGUUCAAAUUCCGCAACGGUAAAGAAAGACGAUAGGGUGAGCUUGCUGUUUGCAGUGCAAGACACAGGGAUUGGAAUAAGCAAGGAGAAACAGAAAGAGGUCUUCAAAGCCUUCUCUCAAGCGGACAGCUCAACUACUAGGCUCUAUGGAGGAACAGGCUUGGGCCUUAGUAUUGUAGAACGGCUGGUGCAAAUGAUGGGUGGUCGCAUAUGGCUAGAAAGUGAGCCAGGGAAAGGCAGCACGUUCUACUUUAUUGCUCAAUUCGACCUAGCUGGACAUAGUGAAAGUAUGAAGAGCAGAGAUGAAGGCAAGCUAGAAAGAGAGCAAACAUUUCAGAGCAAUAGAAAAGAAAACCAGCCAUCACAAUCUAUCUUCGAAACAAAUCACAUGACCUCACAAAAACAAUUGUCUCAGGAUUCCCAUAGUAAAAAUCCACCAUCUGGGAGUGUAAAGAUACCGCACGAAGUUUCUUCAAAGAGAGCAGAUGGUGAUCUUUUCCAAAAGCUGGACAAGCCUUUUUACAGCAACCUCAGGCAGAAAGGCAGGUGUAACAGCGUAGCUGUUGGUGUUUUACAGUCUAUGGCAAUGGAAAAUGAAACAACCCCUCCUCCCACCAAAUCUUCUAGUUUUCCAAAGAAGUUCGAGUGGAGCCCAAAUGCGCAGCUUGACCCUAAUUUCGAAGCGUCACUUCGAGGUAUGAAAAUCUUGCUUGCAGAGGAUAAUAUUGUGAACCAGAAGGUUGCAUGUCAGCAGCUCAAGAAGUUUGGAACGGAGGUGGACGUAGUAUCCGAUGGCCAACAAUGCCUGGAUGCUUUAGAGCGGGAUCGAAAUGGUUAUGAUAUUAUCUUGAUGGAUGUCCAGAUGCCAGUGCUUGAUGGAUUGCAAGCAACCAGAAAAAUUAGGGAAAUUGAAGAGAAGCAUAACUAUCCCCACAAGCCCAUCAUUGGCCUGACCGCUCAUGCGAUUCAAGGCUACAAAGACAAGUGCCUGAGUGCGGGCAUGGAUGCAUAUGCUUGUAAGCCUUUCCAGGUCAGAGAACUCAUCCAGGUGAUCCAAGGGGUCUGUAAUACGUGGUCCAUCAGACCUUCAACGGUUGUUGACCCGUCAUGGAAUCCGAACAAUGACGAAAAUAUGACAUAAAUGGAAGAAACCUGUAAGCACCAUAGAUCUGGAACGCAUAUUUUGCACACAAGGCUUCAUCCACCAUUCGUGACGGAAGUCGGUUUCUGCAGGAACCCAUUACAGCUUUCGACAGGUUUCUGGAUCCGCUCUUGAGAAGAUCAAGCAACCUUUUGAAAGUGCGCCAUGAUCAAUGACGGGUGGCGAUUUGAAGUGGGUAGAUUUCACUGGUUUUGGCCAACUCUUGGCUUGUUCGGUUGCAGACAGACCGGGUGACGGUUCUUAGGCAUUUGCUGCCGAAGCAAUCUUUAAAACAAUGUGCAUCAGUGAUUGCAUGGUGGCGCUGAGUACUUGAUGGGAUUUGAUGACUCAUAAUGCCCACUUAGUCUCUAGGAUUGCAGUAAGAUUUCACUAGGUAUGAAAAAUGUAAGCAAGUUUACAAAUCUAGGGCGAUGCUGUGAAUGCUUUCAGUCAAGGUCUACGCACUUUCAUGUCGGAAACAUUGCAUCAGUCGAACGAGGCAACGUUACAUUGUUGAAAUUUUGAGCUCAUGUCAGUUGAAUGUAAUGUACUCACCGGAAGCAGAUGUAAUUUGUGUUCAUUAUUCAA